UGUGUGUUUUGUUUUGAAGUGCUUGUGUUGUGAUUAUAACAGUGGUAAAAGUUUUCCUGUGAGCUAUUAUUAAAAAAAUUGUGGUAAAACUAGUGAACUACGAAGUGAUUCCGUUACUCCGCAAUGCCCGGUGACGAUUUGCACGAGCCGGAAACUCCGGCCACCCAGCGGCUGACGAAUGACGACUUCCGGAAGCUGCUGAUGACUCCUCGGGCUCCGGGUGGAUCUGCUCAUGCGGCAGGAUCCGUCCGGGAUGCCAUGGCCAAAUCUUCGGCCUCUUCCUCUGCUUCGGCUAUGAAACCUCCGUCGUCGGAACGGCACGAAGCUCGGCGAAAGAAGAAAAAUUUCUAUGCCCAGCUGAAGAAGCAGGAGGACAAUAAACUUGCGGAGUUGGCUGAGAAAUAUCGUGACCGAGCUCGGGAGCGGCGGGAUGGAGCGAAUCCGGACUAUCAGAACCUGGACCCCACUAGUUCCACCAGUGGAUACCGAGCGGUGGCCCCGGACAUCAAAUCCGGACUUGAUGCUGCCGAACGUCGCCGACAGCAGAUUCAGGAAUCCAAGUUCUUGGGAGGUGACAUGGAGCACACUCACUUGGUCAAAGGUCUCGAUUAUGCGCUGCUGCAGAAGGUGCGGAGUGAAAUCGUCGCCAAGGAGCAGGAUCAGGAGGAGGAAAUGGAAAAACUGGCCGAUAUUCCGGCUGCUGAGGCCGCUCCUGUCAAGCAACCGGUGCCGGAAAAGGAGCAACCAAAGGGAGAUGAAAUUGAAUUCCGAACGGCGAUGGGAAAGAAUAUCUACCGAAUUCAGGAAAUUCAAAGAUCACGUCACGUUGAGCGUAAUGAGAUGUUCGCGCCGGGAAGAAUGGCUUAUCACAUUGAGUUAGAGGACGAAAAUGUCGAAACGGAUAUCCCAACAACGGUCAUUCGCUCGAAAGCGGAAGUUCCCAUGGUAGCAGGCGACACGCAGACUCUGACCACCAAUGAUAUCGUUAUCAACAAGCUAGCUCAGAUUCUGUCCUACCUUCGCCAGGGCGGCAGAGGCAAGAAAAACAAACGCAGGGACAAAGAUAAGCCCUUGUUCAAACUUCCGGAGGACAAACACAUGGAUGACUCUAUCUAUGGAGAUAUUGGUGAAUACAAACCGUCUCGGCGGUUUGACCAGGGGGCCUCCUCAUCCAAGACUGAUGACAAUCAGGGCAAGCACCGAUAUUUCGAUAAAUCCAAUGAAGAAGAAGAACGCGAGACAGGGACGAUACAAAUUCCUGCACCACCGAAGUUGUCAGCACAACUUAUCACCAAACUGACAGCGGAACCUGAAGGCUAUGCCGAAUGUUAUCCUGGUUUACAAGAAAUGAACGAUGCAAUUGACGACUCUGAUGAUGAGGUUGACUACACAAAAAUGGACCUCGGCAAUAAGAAGGGCCCUAUUGGGCGUUGGGAUUUCGAUACUCAGGAAGAAUACUCUGAUUACAUGAGCAGCAAGGAAGCCCUUCCCAAGGCAGCUUUCCAAUAUGGUGUGAAAAUGCAAGAUGGUCGAAAGACUCGGAAACACAAGACGGAAAAGAACGAGAAAGCCGAACUGGAUAGAGAGUGGCAACAGAUUCAAAACAUCAUUCAUAAACGAAAAGCUAAAGAAGGUGGUGGAAGCGAAGUUGAAUACAAAAAAGUCAAACAAUAAAUUUAUCUGAAAUAUGGUAUAAUUAAUUUAUGUGUCUAAAUAUUUCCAAAUAUUUAUGGAAUACACUUUAAAUAUUAAUAAUCUGUAUAAUAAUGUGAAUACAUACUAAAAAUUGAAAAUUGAAAA